AUGAAGAUGAAUGAAUCAAAACUCUCUAUCCUUGCAUCUAUGUUUUCGGUCCUUCUUUUCUUUUCCUUGAGACCACUCUAUUCAAUCUCUUGCCCUGAAACUGAAAAACAAUCACUUUUAAGCUUCAAGCAAUCUCUAAAUGAUUUCUCAAACGUGUUGUCUUCUUGGGAUGCUAAAUUUGAUUGUUGCACGUGGGAAGGUGUUGUUUGCAGCAACUUAACCGGCCGAGUUCUUCAACUUGAUCUUCAAGAUAACGGUUUAGGUGGGAAAUUUAGCUCAUCUUUGCUCAACUUGAAGCAUUUGAAAUAUCUUGACCUGAGCCAUAACAACUUUCAUGAAAAGAUACCUUCCUUCAUUGGAUCACUCUCAAGCCUCGUGUACUUGGAUCUAUCAUUCGCUGGAUUUUAUGGAAAGAUUCCCCACAAUAUUGGAAAUCUUUCAAAUUUGUACACUCUAAGUUUGGCUGAUUCAGAACAACUGUUGGAUGCUGAUAGUCUUGAAUGGUUGUCGGGACUUCCUAAACUAAAGCACCUCAACAUGAAUGGUGUGAACCUCAGCAAAGCAAUCAACUGGGUACAACAGGUGAUCAACAAACUUCCUUGUUUAGUCGAGCUGCAUUUUAGAGAUUGUAAUCUUUUUUUGAUGGCUCCUCUGAAUGUUGUUAACAACAUCAGCCGUUCUAAUUUAGCCACUCUUGAUCUCUCCUACAAUUCCCUGCCUUACGCUAGCAUCCCUUCGUGGAUUUUUCAACUCACCAACCUUAUCUAUCUUGAUAUGGUUGUCAACUCAUUCCACGGCCCAAUUCCAACAAUGAGCAACACCACAAAACUCCAACACAUUGAUCUCUCCGGUAACAAUUUAAAUUCAAGCAUUCCACAGUGGUUCUACUCCUGCAAACACCUCCAGUACCUCGAUUUAAGUACAAAUGAACUUUCCGGAAAAAUACCAAGAGAAAUUGCAAACCUGUGCAAUAUUCAGACCUUGAGUUUAUCGGGUAAUAAUUUGGGAGGAGAGAUAUGGGAUUCAUUUGGAAACAUGGCAGAUUGUUUCUUAGGAUCUUUGAUAUUUUUAGAUUUGUCAGAGAAUCAAAUCUCCGGUCAUCUGCCUCAUCAAUUUGGAGAAUUUAAGAGUCUCCAAACACUCAAUCUCAUGGAAAACUCAUUGUCCGGUGUAAUUCCAAGGGAAAUGGGGAACUUGAUUUCCCUUCAAAGGUUAUACUUGAAUAAUAAUAAAUUGAUGGGGAACUUACCAGAGAGUAUUGGGAAACUUGUGAACUUGAGAGUGCUUUGGAUAGAGAAUAACAUGUUGGAAGGGGUUGUGACUGAAACCCACUUUACCAAUCUUUCGAAUUUAAAAUCCUUGGGUGCAUCUGGAAACCACUUGAGUUUGAACGUCAACCCCAAUUGGCUUCCACCAUUCAAACUAGAGAUGCUUCAUCUUCGGUCUUGGGACUUGGGAUCUCGAAUCCCGUUAUGGCUUGAGACUCAAAAAGACAUCUCUCGUCUAGAUUUGUCGUGUACUGGAAUCUAUGGAAACGUUCCUAGCUGGUUAUGGCGUUUGAGUUUGGGAUAUCUCAACCUUUCGCACAACCAACUCGAUGGAAAUAUUUUAUCCAUUAGUGAUCGUGGAUAUUAUUAUUUCGAUGUCUUUGACUUGAGUUCCAACAGGUUUAGUGGUCCACUGCCUCGAAUUGGGACAAAUGUGGGUUACCUUGAUCUCUCCCAUAACUCAUUCUCGGGACAUCUGUCGAAAUUUCUCUGCAACACAUCAACCAAUCGUAUAAUGAAAACUCUUAAUCUCGAGGAAAACCACCUGUCUGGUGAGUUACCCGACUGUUUCGUGAAAUGGCAAUCAUUGAUAGCGUUGAACUUACGCAACAAUGAAUUAUCCGGAAGAAUACCAGAUUCUAUAGGAUUUCUAGCAAGUUUAGAGUCCUUGAAUCUAUACGGCAACAAUUUCUAUGGCCAUGUACCUUCUUCACUGCAAAACUGCACGAAACUAAUUAAGAUUGACUUCUCUCAUAACAAUCUUGGUGGGGACAUACCCCAAUGGAUUAACACAAGAUUUUACCGACUGGCAAUUCUCAUUUUGCGCUCAAACAAUUUUAGUGGAGAAAUCACCCCAUCCAUAUGCCAGCUAACAUCUCUACAAAUCUUGGAUCUCUCCCAUAAUAGGCUUUCUGGGAUAAUACCUACCUGCCUCAACAACCUUACUGCAAUUACCACAAAAAGAAACUUAACAUAUCUUGUUGAUCAAGAUAGUGCAUCUUCUGAGAGUGCAUUAAUUGCAACAAAAGGAAGAGAACUCACCUACAGUACUACUCUUUCUUUGGUUACCAGUAUUGAUCUUUCAAACAAUAUCUUGUCUGGUGACAUCCCAAGAGAGGUAACAAGUCUGGUGGAACUCAGAAUAUUGAACCUGUCGCGAAAUCAUUUAACGGGAUCCAUCCCAGACAACAUUGGAAACAUGAAGCAACUCGAAUCUCUUGAUUUCUCAAUGAACUCAUUAUCGGGUGAGAUUCCAAGUAGCAUCACAACCAUGUCUUUUUUGAGCAGCUUCAAUUUGUCAUAUAACCACUUGACUGGAAGAAUCCCGGAAAGCACCCAGAUUCGAGGAUUGAAUGAGUCGAGUUUCAUCGGCAACAAUCUUUGUGGCCCUCCACUAAAGAUUUCUUGCAGAAAUGACGAUAAAGCCCUUGCUCCAAUGCAUGUAAAGAAUCUAGGCCGAGAAGGUAAUAAACGAGAGAUUGAUUGGUUUUACGUAUUCCUAUCUUUAGGGUACACCGUCGGGCUUUCGGCUGUCCUCACGACAUUGUAUUUUAAGAAGAAAUGGAGAGAAUCGUUUUAUGCUCUCUUUCACAAGUUAUGGGACAAUGUUUAUGUGUAUUUUGUUAUCAAGUGGAGAAGGCUUACAAGAGUGUUGGACUGA